AUGUCGCUCCAGAUUAACUUACGUAAAUACACCGAUUUGCUAUAUGAUGAUAAUGGAUCAAAAAAUAAUUGGAAUUCAACACCAGUAUAUGGACCUUAUGAAAAACUAUACCUUAGUGAUUGGGGUCAAUCUAAUAUACAUCAUGAGAUUGUGCAGGCUUUUGAUAAAAUGAAUAUAAAACAAAUGAAACCCAUACAACAGAAUUCAUUUUUAUAUUUAAUGAAUCAUUAUAAUACUGCAAUGAUUGGCUUUUCAAAGGAAAUCUAUUACCUACUUAGCAAGUAUUUGUUUUCUUCAAUUAUGAGUAAUAGUGAUAAAAUGAAAAGUUUUGUCAUUGGACCCAAAGCUAUUAUACUAAGUAGCUCUUCAGCAUCAUGUUCUACAUUAGAAUAUUUAUCAAAUAAACUCUUCUCUUCAACAAUAAAAAGGAACAAUGUUUUUGUAGCUUAUGAAUCUAGUCCAGUGCAACACACAAUAGCAGCUUUGUGUAAUGGAUGUGAUAUUUUAAUUGCUACUCCAACAAGUCUCCAAAAUGUACUUACCCAAUCAAAAAUAUUUAAUUAUUCGAAUCUAAGACAUUUUGUUUUUGAUAAUGUAGAUCUACUACUGGAUAACUAUAAAAAUCAAAUGCCUAAUUUUCUUCAUAUUUUAACAAAACUUAAAGAAAAAGAAGGAUGCAAUAUACAAUUGAUAUCGGCAUCAGUCAAAUGGAAUAAUGAUGUAGAUACAUUUUUAAAACCAGUUGUUAUAAAAUGGCAGUAUAUUUUUGGAUCUCCCCUAGAAGCUGCUCGUUAUAUGAAAAUAAAUUUGUAUGUUAAACAAGUCAAGGAUGAUAAACUAGAAAAAAUAUUAGAGUUAUUAAAAAAUAAUAUUAAGUACUGUCAGAGUGUUUUGAUUACAUCUGAUGCUGAUGAACUAGAAAUAAUUUCUAGUUAUAUUCAGCAACAUGAUUCUAGUAUAGAAGUAUUGGUGCCAAGUCAAAUGAGAAUUUCAAAUGUUUAUACAUUGCAAAAAUGGAAUGAGCCAUUAGAAAAAAAACACCGUUUAUUAAUUUGUAGUGACAAUAUGAUGAUUGAUUUUUAUGUUGUGGAUGCCGAUUGUUUAAUACAUUAUGAUAUUCCCUCCAAUAAACAAAAUUUUUCAAUGAGAUUCAAUGUUUUACAAAAUUCCAGCAAUGUUAUGAUAAAUAAAGAGCGUAGUACUUAUAUAUUUUUGAGUAACAAUACUAAAGAUAUGUUGCAGUUGCCAAAAGUAGUUGAAGUCAUGAAAAGUUUUGGUAAUGGUAAAGUGGAUCCAAUUUUGCAGAAACAUGCCAAGAAUUUAACUGACUCUCUAGAAAAAGAAAAGAUAAAUUGUUUCUUCUGCAGCGAAAUACAACAAUUUGGUUAUUGUUCUACACCCAUGUCAUGCAAGAGUCGUCACAUUUUAUUCAAGCAACUUGAUGAACCUGGUGUUAAUAUUCCUAGAUCUGGAAUAGCUAUUGUAAAAAUUUUAAAUGUCUAUGAUGCAUCUCACAUGUCUGCUAAACUUUUGAAACUGAAUUGUACAAAUAAUGUUAAUGAUGAACAACAUUGGUCAAAUGUAGUGGACUAUACUGAUACCAUUAAUCAUAAGCUCAGUUCAUACUUUUCAAAAAGGGAUUCUGAAGUUCUUCAUGAAAACCCUAAACCUGGAGAUAUGGUUGCUGUACAGGUGGAAUCUAGUUCUAUAAAAAUGAUUGACACUGCAUAUUUCAGAGCUCUUGUUAUUAAUGUAGUAGACAAUAAUACAGCAAACUCUAAAGUGAUGGUUAAACUAAUUGAUGAAGGAUAUAUUGAAACAGUAUCGAAAUGGAAAGUGUUUGUGUUACCUGAUAUGUUAAAAAGUGUACAUACUACUACUGUGGAUAUGUUUGUGGCAUCCAUAAAACCAAUUGGCUUUGACAAAACAUGGCCUACCCAAGCUAACCAUUGUCUUAUAAAACAUUUGAAAGAUGUUAAUAUUUGCAAUAAUACAAUUAUUGUAAAGGUUGAAAUGGUUCUAGGAACUACUAUAUGGAUUAAAAAAAUGUAUGAAAAAUAUUGGGAUACAGAUUUAAAGAAAUAUGGCCUUAGGGAAAUUUUACCUGAGAUUUUGUUGAAUACUGGCUAUGCAGACAUGAAUUUUGAACACAUUGGCAAUUUAACAGAACUUAGUGUUUCAGCUGGUAUUGCCAAGCCAUUACUAUUAAAAAAUAGUUUUGAGGAUAAAAGAGAACUAAGCAUAGAAGAGUAUAUGUCACUUUAUAAACUGCCUCAACCCCAAUGGGCUCAUCUGGAUCAAAGUAGCAAUUUAGUUUCUGUAGAGUAUAUUAUUAGUCCUAAAAUGUUUUUUGUCAAAAAUACCAAGCACUAUGAUAGACUUAACAAUCUUCAACUAAUGAUUGAUAAAUAUAUUGAAGAAAAACAGUUAAACAAAUUAAAUGAUGUUAUUAAUGGAGCAAUUUGUUUAGCUAAAUAUCCACAUACUAAUAAGUAUAACCGCGUUAAAAUUAUUGAAAAAUUUGAUAAUGGAGAUGUUGAAGUUUUGUUUGUGGACAUAGGUGAAUUUAUUUAUAUUAAAUUUCACUUAUUACUUACAAUACAUCCAGAUUUAAUCACUUACUUACCAUUCCAAGCGAUUGAAUGCAGUUUAAGCGGCGUUAAAAAUACAUUACCUACUGGCAACGAGCUGAAUGAACUAACUGACUAUUUAUUUGAUAUGACUCAAAAUCCAUUAUAUUUAAAAGUUAUUAACACUAUUUCAUCAACAACUUUUACUGGUGGUAGUCACUAUGAAGUGAUUUUAUUUGAUGCAGAAAUAACUGUUAAUUUAGAGUUUCAGACAAAAUUCAGUCAAUACUGUGAUACUCUAGAAAUGUCUAAAUUGUUAGAUUGUAUAAAUACUGAAUAUUAUAAUGAAGACAUUUGCGAAGAAGAUAAUGCCAAUAUUCCAUAUGUUAUUGAUGAAAACAAUUUAGAAAUUGAAGAUGAUUUUGCUUCUGAGAUACUAACUUCUAUUUUUGGAAAAGAAUUUGCUAAUAAUUUUAAAUGCAUAGACCAAAAUAUUGAGGAUGUUAAAAAAGAAGAGUCUUUAUCAAUCACAGAUGUAAAACCAAUAAUUGAAAGUGGACCUCUUAAAGAUUGCAUUACCGUCGAACCAAUUAAAACUCAAGAAAUAAUACCUAUUAGUAAUGCAGUGAUGCUUAAAGAUAAGUCUGUGCAAAAUAAUUUCAAACAGCAACUUAGGGAAAAACGACGAAACAUUUGCUUAACAUGCAAUACUAAUAUACAAUCAAUUAUUCCUAUAUGUACUUGGCAUCAAGAUAGAAAUAAUAUUUAUUUAAAACUCAAUAUCCUUGAAAUAGAUGAUUUCAGUGUUGACAGUACAUUAGAGAGUAUUAAGUUUAAAUCUCAAUUCAAACAUUUUGCAUACGAGUUUUUCGUUAGACUUUAUGGUUUUAUUAUUGAUAAAAGUAUAACACAUAGACAUAAUUAUGAAGGAUUCCAAAUCAAAGCUGAAAAAUUGUACAAAACAGAUUACAAAUGGCCACAGUUAUUUUCAUGUAGUAAGCAUCAUACAUAUGUGAAAUAUGAUACAAACCACAUUGAAAUCAAAGACUUAACUAUCUGGGAAAAAGCCAUGAACAAGUUUAAAUUGUCAGCCAAAGGUACUCCUCUGAACUCAAUAAAUGAUGAAUAUUCCAGUAGUGAAGGCGAAGAUGAAGAUGAAGAGCACAGAGAUUUUGAUGAUUCUAUUGAUGAUUACUAA